ACCUUACUACUAAAACAAAUUCUCUAACACGUUAUUUGAAUGCCCACUAGCUAUACUUGAGCGAGCAUUCUUCUUGUCACCCCCGACACUGCCUUGCUUGACUCUUAGACGGUUCUAUAAUAAUUAAAUCUGUGCAGGAAUACAAAUUUAUGAGCUCUCUGCUUGUGAACGGCCAGUGGAGCUGCUACAACGUGGUCAACGCAGUCACCUUCGUCGCUGACUGUGGCUGUGGCUCUCCUUACAUUACCAGACGAUAAGUAUACGUCCAUGUCCCUAAAUUCAUCUUGUUGUCUUGUGUUGACGGAGUUGUGAGGACUUGACUCGCAGUCGCACACAUUGGGACCCGCUCGCAACAUGCGUUGUAUAAAGUCAUGGCCAGGAGUAGAAAGUGGAGACAUGGGCGCUGCUCGGUGCAUGCUCAGGUGCAGCAGCUGUUGGCUAGCCCGGCGCUCGCCAACGCCACUGGCUAUCUGGAGGGCAUGGUGGCGGGCGGGCGCGAGGGGCUGGCGGAGCUGGUGCAGGACACCUACUUGGCGGACAUCGGCCUGCCUCAGUACGUGGAGCUUAUGCGCGGGCAGGAGGUGACGCCGCUGGUGCUGGCGGGCAUGAAGGACCGCGACCUGGAGAAGCUGGGUGUGGAGACGGUGGGCGCGCGGCGGCGCAUCAGCGAGGCGGCGCGGCAGUACGGCGCCAAGGUCAAAUCCACUGCCAAGAUGAUGGCUGUGUACAGGGACGGCCAAUCCCUCGCCGCCUCCUCCCCCGCCGCCUCCCACGCCUCGCACGCAUCGCAUGCCCACGUGGCGCACGCCAUGGCGGCAGCGCAGCACAUGCAGCAUCAGCGUCAGCAGGCGGCCGCGUCCGCAGCGUCCGUAUCCAACGCAGCGGUCCUUGGGCUGGGGCACGGUGGGCCUGGAGGCCUCGGGCCGGUGGGGUUGGAGGCGCUGGGCCUGGGGCACGGUUUGGGGCACGGUCUGGGCCUGGGGCUUGGGCUGGGGCUGGAGCAUGCACCCCACGUGCCGCAUUCGGAGGUGGCGUCGGUGGCGGGCGACGGCCACGUGGCGACAGUUGGAGCGGUUGGGACGGGCGGUGCGGUUGCUGCGGUUGGCGGUGGCCCUGGUGUGCCUCCCGCCGCAACCGCGGCCGCCGCUGCCCCCGGCAUGCUGGAUGCGUAGGCGAGAGAUUGAGCAAAGCCCGGUGUAUGUGUGUGGGGGGGGGAGAAAGUUCAUUCCAAUCCCAAAGAAAACCAGAGAAAUGUCGCCGCCGGGGCUCGGUGUGUGUGGGGGGGGGGCACCCACGGCGAGAGAGGCUGAAUCAGUACAGCGGCAGUCUGCUGGUGUGGGUGCGGGCGCCCCCUCCCACGCCCGCGCCGGUGGCGGCCUGUGCUUCUUGUUUGCUGGGCGCGGAGGGAGGCUGGUAGUGGUAGGGGGUUGAGCGGCAUCAGGUCGCGAAGUGGAGCUGCAAUCCUUGAGGCUACCGCGGUCUAGUUGACAUUUACAUCACUGCAAGGACUGCCGAUACACUCCCCCACAGUCCUUUGAUUGGGUACCAGGCGGCGUGAGCCUCAGCAUUUGGAGUGGACAAGUUUUGACGUUGUGAGCAUUGGACAGUGAACGGGUCCCUGCUUCUGUUUCAGCAGCGUUCAGGUUUCUAGUUCUGAGGCUUGUCAUGGCGCGUGUAGGACAUGCGGAGGACCGGGAUGGGAAAUGGGUGUCUUAGGUUCAUUGGCGGAUGUGGCCCUGUACUCACAGGGCUCAGUACAUAUUGAUGCUGAAGUACUAAGCUCCCUGCAUUCGUGCGAUCCUGAGGCCGGCACUUGGUUGCGCUUGAUAAGUAACAGGGUGUCCGGUCGGACAAUGUUAAGGCAGGUUGGUGAAGUCCCGCAGGGUGCAGCUGGUUCCCAGACCCCAGACGAUGGCAAACAAUUUGCAACGGCAGGGCAGGAGUGUGGAACCCCGCAGUUACUGUACC